AAGAUGGAAAAUCAGGCUGCGGAGAGCUGGCCACAAAUGGUCCUUUCAUUCGCCUCCAGCCCCGGGUGUCCAGAUAUGAGGCUAUUCCACGCGGAGGCUGCAUUUAACUGUUAUGAAUAUCUAAGCAUUCCAAAUUUUGGAAGAUUACCAAAUCUCACAAGGGUUUGUAGAAUAGCGUUUGGUGGUUUUCCUAGAUUUGGCCAUUUAAAGUUUUCUUAAGAAAUGUUAACGUUGAGGUGGUGGGCAAGCGUGCCGUAUUGCUCGCAAGUGCUGUGUUGCUGAUCCUCGAUGUAUAUCAUGAUCUUCAGAAGCUACUGAUGAUCUUGUAAGAGUUUGGCGAUUGCUGCUCUGUGAAUGUAUUCUGAGCCAGUGGCCGUUGUGACUGCAAUUAGCUUUGUGGUUAAACUUUAACAAACUCUGCUAUUUUACUGCUUCUUUCACAAUGGCCUCUUGGUAUUCCAGUUGCCAGACUGAGCUUAACUGCUGGGGUCUGAAUGAUGAACUUGAGCCUUGAAGGCCAGCUGGGAUUCUGUUAUGGCUCGAUCAUCCUUUGCAGCUAUGCCAGGAGAGCCUGACGUCACCCUUUCCUUUACCCCCACCCCUAGGAAUCGUCUUGAGGGCAAAGUGUUGGAGACAGUGGGUGUCUUUGAAGUGCCAAAGCAGCAUGGCAAAUACGAGACAGGACAGUUGUUUCUCCACAGUAUAUUUGGAUAUCGGGGGAUUGUCCUCUUUCCUUGGCAGGCCAGGUUGUACGACAGAGACGUCGCUUCCCCUGUACCUGAAAAGAGUGAGACUGCGGCUGGACAUGGGUCCAAAGAAGUGAAAGGCAAGACACAUACUUACUAUCAGGUCCUGAUUGAUGCUCGUGACUGCCCACACAUAUCUCAGAGAUCCCAAACAGAAGCAGUGACAUUCUUGGCCAACCACGAUGACAGCAGAGCUCUCUAUGCAAUUCCAGGACUUGACUAUGUAAGCCACGAGGACAUUCUCCCGUAUACGUCCACGGAUCAGGUGCCCAUCCAGCAUGAGCUCUUUGAACGGUUUCUCGUGUAUGAUCAGACAAAAGUUCCUCCCUUUGUGGCAAGGGAUACGCUGUGUGCUUGGCAGGAGAAAAACCACCCGUGGCUGGAGCUCUCCGAUGUGCACCGGGAGACCACCGAAAACAUCCGGGUCACUGUCAUUCCCUUCUACAUGGGCAUGCGGGAAGCACAGAAUUCUCAUGUCUACUGGUGGCGCUACUGCAUCCGCCUGGAAAACCUCGACAGUGAAGUUGUGCAGCUCCGGGAACGGCACUGGAGGAUAUUCAGCUUGUCGGGCACGCUGGAAACUGUCCGUGGCCGGGGAGUCGUGGGGCGAGAACCCGUCUUGUCCAAAGAACAGCCGGCCUUCCAGUACAGCAGCCACGUCUCCUUGCAGGCAUCCAGCGGGCACAUGUGGGGCACCUUUCGCUUUGAGCGGCCCGACGGCUCCCAUUUUGAUGUCCGGAUCCCCCCCUUCUCCCUGGAAAGCAAUAAGGAUGAGAAGACACCCCCUUCUGGCCUCCACUGGUAGAGCAGUCUUAGGAAGCCAGCUGCCCCCAUGCCCCUCUGGACAGUUCUCCUCCUGUAAACCCUGACUCCUCAAGGGCUGAAACUAGUUCUAGGUUUUAAAGAGAACGUUCCUCCCACCCCCAUUUCUGCCUUUAAGAGCUGCUGAAACGUGGGCUCAUUUGGACUUUGAGAUGAGUUGACUUGGCAGUCUUCAUCCUCCUGCCACAGGCCUCCGAACGUGGGACACGUAGAACAAAGCUGCUGUGGACAGAACCCGCAAAGCUCUCUGAAGGUGUUGUGUGGACUCUUCCUGUUGCGAGGUGGUGUUUCUAUACUCAAUAAACCGGCCUCCCUGUUGCAGCUCCA